AUCUGCUGACGCGGUUUCUAUUUUCUCAUUAGCGUACCUGCCGUUUCGCGGACGCGAUCGACAACGCGGGCGACCGACGCGAGUCCCGCGCGUCGCGUUUGACAAGGAGUGCUCAUCUGCGGUGAAUUCGCCAGCAGGAGGACCCAUCCUGCGGGAUCUUUCGCAAAACUGUCAAUCGUGCGCCCGACGAUUAUCCGCGCUACGUCGGCACUCGAUACAUCAUGGAAAUAACAGCGCGACGAGUUUUCCUAUUCGCGCUCCUCCACGCAUACGCGCGCGGCUCGCGCGCUUUUUCGAAGGAGGGCGACAUUUGUUACUGGCAUCAUCCGCACGCGACCGAUUAUCCCGAGUGCGAUUUCGCGGAGAGCCGCCAGCGUCUCGUCUGUUUCAACGGUCUGCGGGACGAGUGGAGGGCCAGGAGCGACAGCGUGCAGGUGCUCGUCCUCUGCGAAUGGCCGAACGCGACGUUCGAUCCGCAGGAGGUGCUGCGGGACUUCACACGCCUGCGAAAGUUUAUGCUCGCGAACAGUAACUUGACCCGAUUGUCAACCGCCUUCCCGACCGAGACGGGAUUACUCGAGAAAAUCAACAUAACCGGCACCAAGCUGCGCGCACUGCCGAGAGACGCGUUUUCGAAUCUGCAAGCCUUGAGGAUUCUCGAUUUAAGAAACAACGCUCUCCAGGAAAUGAAUGUUACGACUCUCGAUGUGCCCACCUUGAGGUAUCUUCAUCUGGCCGGUAAUCCAUUGAGAUGUACGGAAGAUACUGCCUGGAUUUUGGACUCCGACGAAGGAUCAGUCGCGAGCAGAGUCGUCGACAGAGACAAAUUGCUCUGCGCCGCACCGUAUGAUGGAAGACCGCUCGUCCCGGUCGUCGAGAUAAUCGUGACGCUGCGGGAGGAAUGCAAACGGACGAUCUGCGACUGCGAGCUGGUCUACGUGGUCGGACGUGCCGGCAAGCUCACGGCUCACGGGCAGGUCAUAGCUUUCACCUCGGUAAAUUGUAGCCACCGCGGCCUCGCCGAGAUGCCCGACUUUUUACCGGCGAACACGACCACUCUCCAUCUAUCCGGAAACAAGAUCAGGGAUCUAACUCCGCUCACGACGAAUCCCGCAUACGAGUCGGUGCUGGACCUUUACGUGGACGACAAUCUGGUGGAGUCUAUCGUCCGGCUGGAAGGGUCGGAAUGGUUGGAUCGCUUUCGGCUGCUUAAUCUUCGGGGGAACAGACUCAGCGACUUGCCUACUUACGCCUUGGAGAACGUUCUGCACAACGGCAACGCGGCCAGCCUGUACCUCGGUAAUAACUCGUGGACGUGCGACUGUCACUUUACGCCGAGCUUUCAGGUGCUGCUGAUUAGAUAUCCGAAUCUGGUGAAGGAUAUCAACGACGUGAGGUGCGCCCCCGAGAGCGAUAACGACAACGCGAACAAGCAGAUCCGCGAUCUUACGCGAACGGAGAUUUGCAUUACGCCGGACGAGGAUUCUUGGCUCCAUCCUCUCGACAUUUUGAACGUCAUAUUGGCGUCAUUAAUAUUCCUCGUGCUUGGCAAGCUCUUGUACGAUUACUGGUCCUUCAAGAAAACCGGCAAGCUGCCUUGGAUCGUCACCAAAAUACCAUGAUAGCGUUGCAAGUGCGCCUCGCGAGGAAAAACGAGUGACGACGCGUAGUCAUUAGAA